UUGGUUUCUCAGUCCAAAAAGAUCCGAAGCACAAACAGAAGUUUCCGUUAUCCCUUCUCUUAAACUCACCAUUGGUUUUCUCUCUCCAUAUCUAAUCUUCAAACCCAUCACUUUCUCUCUCUAAAUUCUUUGAGAUAUUCAUCUCAUCAAUUUUAGGGUUUUUGAUCCAGCAACAAUGGUUUCCGAUUCAAUCCCCAACGGUUCGAUCCCUGUUGCUUCCUCUAACCCGAAAGAUUUUGCCAAGAAAAAAAGGGCUAACCGGUCGGCGAAGUUGAAGCAGUGCAAGCUUGAUGCCCGACGCGAACAGUGGAUUUCACAAGUGAAGAAAAAUGGCUUGAAGGAGGAACAAAAGACCGGAGGAACUCAUGGUUCAGUGAAGGACGUUGCAAAAGAGAGGGAACGAUUGAUUGAAAAGUUGCAGAUAAAGCCAAGAGGUGAAGAGGACAAUGAAGGAUCCUUAAACCACUACAGUGAUUUUGAUUCACCUACAAGCCACACCAGUAGUGUUUUGGGAGGAAAUGAUUCUGGGACUAAUUUUACGGGGAGCAGUAGUAGCAGCAGUAGUACAAGCAGCAGCAAUGGUGAUUGUUGUUCAGGGAGUAUGAGUGAGGAAGAUGACGAUGACUGCUUGGAUGAUUGGGAGGCUGUUGCUGAUGCUCUCGCUGCGACUGAUAAAAAACAGGAGCAGCAUAUUCCCAGCUUGGAUUCACAUUGUGAGAGGGAUGAGAAUGUGCCACAUAUGAGUUCUAGGCAAGAGGUUUUGGAUAGAUCAAAGCAGGAGAGUAAUGACAAAGGAUUGACACCUAGGCCUCCUCUGAGUUACCGGGCAUGGAGGCCCGAUGAUACAUUCCGUCCAUCAGGUCUGCCAAAUUUGUCGAAGCAGUAUAGUUUCCCAAUGAAAUCGGAGCGGCAUUGUAGGGGAGGAGGCUCUGUAUGGGGAUGUAAGAGUUUAUCCUUAUCCACGCCCACGUCAUGCCCUAUAUGCUGUGAAGAUUUGGAUUGUACAGACACUAGUUUUCUCCCUUGUUCGUGCGGAUUCAGGCUUUGCCUCUUUUGUCACAAGAGGAUUCUUGAGGAGGAUGGGCGUUGUCCAGGGUGCAGGAAGCAGUAUAAUCAGGAUGCAGUUGAGCGAGAGACAACCAUUGAUGGAGGCAGCCUGACGAUUCGAUUGGCUCGUUCCUGUAGCAUGAUAUCAAGGUCUUAGAAAGAUUCUGUUUCCAUGAAUGUGUAUGUUGGGUCCUUUUCUGUCUCUGCAUGACAUGUGAGUGUUCUAGUUCUUAGCAGACUGUAAGUCAAGAUUAUCCAUAGCUAUAGAUGUUGAUAUGGGAACGUGAUUUUGAAAGCACGGGGUAAUAUUCUGGUUCUCUUGUGUUUUUUUGCAUUAUAGGUGUGGUGCUUGUGCUGAUGUAGAACACUCAUUAUGUGAAUAAAUAAGGUGGUAUUGAAGUUAAA